GCGUGCGCUCAGUAGAACCUCGGCGCGCGUGCUGCGUGCGCGUACGCGAGUGAUGACACAGUGCCAGUGAAGUGCCGUGAACUAUGGUGGCCAUGGUCGCUUCAGCCUCAGGAUACGGCACCCUGCGCCGCUUCUUAAGCGCCCCUGAAGGCCAUGAGAUGACCGCCGUCGUACCUGGCGCCUCUAUCGCCGUCUCGUCGAAGCAGCGCGCAUCGAUCAAAUGGCUGCUGUCGAAGGCGUUCAACAACAGGGUCCCGGAUAACCUGCAGGAGCCCUUUUACAGGGACCAUGAGGACCAGGAACACCUCAAGCCACCUAUAGUCGGGGGUCUCGCCAACGCCGAGAUCUACUGUCUGGCGUUAGCGAACAUGUACUCGGACCCCAACUACCACAGCCUCAACCACUGGAACAUACUGCAGACCCUCGCGAGGAAAGGCGUACAUGUACCAGAUCCCCCUGACUGCGCGCUUACGGAGACAGUGCUGCUUCAGAACAAUCCGCUCAAAAUGACUGCACACAUGUCGGUGAUAGAAGCUUUAAUGGUGCUGUACGCGCGAGAGGUAGUCACGCUGGACAGGGUGUCGGCGGCAGCACAAAGAUUCGGCACCAGUCAACCCAUAAACAACUCCAAUGUUCCGCACGAAGACGGGCUGCUGUGCUGGAUCAACGCGGCCUGCGCCGCGCUCAACAAGGCUGAGGAAGACCAGUCAUCACAAGUCCCAAUGGUGAAGAACCUGCAAGAGCUGUGCGACGGCACGGCGCUGGCGGCUCUCAUCUCCUUCUACUGCCCCGACGCGCUGCCCCGCUCCGCCGUGCGCGUCGGCCGCAUGGCCUCCAUACAGGACUGCCUCCACAACCUCAUGCUGGUGCACGACUUCUGCCAGACGAGUCUGCCGCACAACGUGUUCCACAUGCUACCGGAGGACGUCACGUAUAUGCGAGGAUCAAUGCGACAAAACCUAAUAGCAAUGCUAGCCGAUCUCUUCAACAUGCUAGAAGUGCACCCAGUCAAAUCCGUCAAAUACCCCGGCGUCGCGCGUUCGGACAGCAACGAGCACGGCGUGCGCCACAAGCGCUGCCUGCCGCCGCCGCCGCCGACGCCGAUCCCCGACCUGCGCGCCGACCCGCCGGCGUCGGCGCACGCGCAGGCGCCCUUCACAGUGCCGCGAUCACCCUCUGCUUGCGGCAUGCGGCCGCGCGUUCCCACUGGUCGCUCGGCGUGCUCGACGCCAGAGCGGCGGAGCUGCAGCCCGCAGAGAGAGGAGUUCGUGGUGCAUCGAGGGAGGGGGAUCACCACGUUAUCAUCCAUCGCGAGGAGGGAAGACGAUAACGUCGUGGACCCGAACCAGACCGCCGCCGGCCGUCCGUCCAACUACCAAACACAGAACUCCUUCGCCGGCCGCCGUUCAAGACGGUCUUCAAUCACAGACGACAGUCAGCUCACCGUCGAAAACUUUGGAGGGUCGCAGGAUCGGCUGCAUUUCGCCGGGAGGAAUCCGGAGAAAGAGCUAGCGACAGUCGCGAAUGUUCGGAAGAUAUCUGCCCCGGCUGGUCCCCUAGACAGCUACAACCCUCCCCUCCGCUCGUCUCGGCAAGACAUCCGCGGCUCCAUCAACCUCUUCCACGGCGACUACAACGGGGACUCGGAGCCCGACCGGCCCAUGCGGCGGCAGCUCAGCUCCGACACCAUCAACUCCAACAACCACUUCAGCAAUAAAGGCGGUGGUGACGGUUUCUACCUAAACCGAGACUCCACCGACGGCGACAUGGCCAAGACCAGCUUCGCGGACCUCAAGUUCAGAAACGGCGACCAAGGUGUGGAGGAGGUGGUGGAGCGGCGCAAGAGCACGACGUUCAGCACGCCGCCGGCCGCCACCACCACGUGGCAGCAGCAGUGUCUGGCGCAGGACGCGCAGCCCAACGGCGACGACCAAUCUGACGACGCGUCACCAAGCGGCGGGCAAGCCAUGGCCGCCCAGCUAAACAACAUACGGUUAAAGCUGGAAGAGAAACGGAGACGAAUCGAACAGGAGAAGCGAAGAAUGGAAGUCGCCGUCAGUCGGCAGAGGCAACAGUUAGGGCAACAGGCGUUCCUGCAGGCUGUUACUAGGGGUAAGGGCGCGCGGACGCCGGCCGGCGACGAGCGGCCCGAAGAUAAAUCUCAGCCUCAGGAUAUGGAUGCGCCGAGUCAAACAGUGGACAACGUAGCCUUAGAGCAGUACCAACAGUCAAUAGCCAAAAUGAACUCCAGCCUGCAGGACAUACAGAGCGACAUCGCGCGGCUAGCCACGCAGCAGAACCAGAUACAACAACAACAGCAGCAACAGCAAACACAGCAGCUGCAACAGCAGCAGCAACAGUUACAGCAACAGUUGCAGCAACAGCUGCAAGCUCAGCAACAGCAGCAACUGCAACAGCAACAGCAAGCCAAGCAGCUGUUUCAGCCGCCGCAACCGCAGUCGCCUUUCCAGCAGUAUCCGCCUAACAUUCCACAAUUGCACAGCCAAUUCAGCUCACAGCACAACGUGUCCCGCCCCGCGCCCAACGCCUUCGGCUCCACCCCGCACCUGCCGCGGGACUUCUACCCGCAACCCUUCGACAACUUCGAGUACAACCAGCCUAACCAAGACUUUUUACUGGUAAACGAGAACUUCGAGUACUGGUCCAACCAGUAUAGGGAUAUGGAGGAUUACGGGAGGUUUUACCUCCAUGAGAGUCCGCCACAGCCGCAGAGGAGGACGUGGGCUCAACACGCACAGCAGCAACAGGAGAAUGAGCUGAGGGGCUGGCAGCUCCACCAGCAGCAGCAGAACCACCAGCAGCACCAGUACGAGCCGCAGCACACCCCUCCCCCCCGCACGUGGAAGUCGCCCUCCCCCGCGCCGUCGGAGCGGAGCUGGGCGCCGCAGGGCUUCCUGCUGCACGAGCGCGCCGCGCCCCUCCCCACCCCCACCCACACCCCCACCCCGCCGCAGCCCUUCCAGGUGCACUACAACAACGACCGCCACCAGAACGGCACCGAGCAGAACCACCUCAGCUACACUGUGAUACCCAACCAACACCAAUACUCUCAAUCGCCGCCGCUGACGACCAGUCCGCGCCGGUCGAAAACCCCCCAACGGCAGGGCUCGCUUCCAGAAGUCUCUAGAAGACCCGAGCCCGUCAGCUUACAGCAGCUCGGAGCUGCCAGUCCCGCGCCCGUCGACGACAUGGAGCCCCAGAAUAUAUCCUUCAUUGGAAACGCGGAAGACGACGCCCUCAGACAAGGCAUCAACCGCCUCAACAUCACCUCCGGCACCCGAACGUACCGCAUUCCCUCCCCCACGAGACCCUCCUUAAGCCGCAACUCAUUCCAACAACUAGAGCAGGAGGAGGAAACGAACGAGAAAGGCUUCUACAUAUCCUUCGACAACGAAGCGCCGAAACGACCCAAACCACCGCUACGGGUGAAGCGGAUGUCACCUAAGAAAGAAAGAACGGAGUACCAGAGUCCGGAGCGGGGGAGUCCGGAGGCUUGGGAGCCGCAGGAGUUCCCCGUGCACCGCGCGGAGAUGCGGGCCUCGCCGGCGCGGGACUCGCGGCCGGAGGCCGAGGCCGCGGCCCGCGAGAGGCCGCUGCGGCCCGGCGCCGAGCCCGCCGCGCUAGUCAUCGGCGAGAUGAACCCCGACCCGAACUCAGCAGAGGAGAUGGAGCGAAAGAAAGAGCGAAUUAUGCUUCUCUCCCUCCAACGGCGGCAGCGCGCGGACGAAGCCCGCGCACGCGCAGAACAGGCCGCGGCUGCGCGCCGCGCGAGAGAUGAACAGGUGGCGGAACAGCGCGCGGCUCGGAAAGAGGAGCAAGCGAGACGGCGCGAGGCCAUCCUGCAGCAGUAUAAGCUCAAGAAGGCCAUCGAGGAGGCCGAGCGAGAGGGCAAAGUCCUCGACAAGUCAGAGUUCAUGGACCUGGCGCGUCCGGCGGCGGGCGCUGCCCCCACGCGCAUGCGCGGCAAGCAGCCGCCGCGCGCGCGCCCCAAGACCAUCCACGUGGACAGCGGCGCCCUGCAGCAGGCCGAGGGCUUGCUCGGCAGCAAGCAGCCCUCCUCCACCAACCUCACCGGCACCAUGCGGCGCGACUACUACCGCGGCUCACAGGACAGUCUGGCGGAGCGGGCCGGCCUCUACAGAGACUCGCCCUCGGAGGAGCGCGGCGGCGGCGGCGUGUCGCCCGCCAGCGCGGCCGGCGGCGCGCUCGGCCGCCGCGGCAGCUGCAAGACCUCGCGAGAGCGCGUGAAUGAGGAACCACAGUCGGCCCGUGGAAGGUCUAAAUAUUCCACUUACCAGAAUAACUUUAAGGCGGGACGGAAGUCUAGCUCUCUAAUGAACUUGUGCGACUCGGGCCUCGGUCGCGCGACGCCGCCGCGGCGCGCGGCCUCGCCCGGGCUGCGCGCGCUGGGCUCGCCGGCCUCGGGCCCCGGCUCGCUGCCCGGCGCCAUCGGCAAGCGCCGCCAGCACGCCGACGACGCCUCCGACGUCUCCUCCACGCACUCCUCCAUCAUGGACUAUUCUGGCCCCCGGCUGUACAAGCAGCCGGCGACCAAGUCGAACCGCGGCAUCAUGCUGAACGCCGUCGAGUACUGCGUGUUCCCCGGCGCCGUGAACGCGGAGGCCAAGCGGCGGGUCCUGGAGGAGAUCGCGCGCUCCGAGGCCAAGCACUUCCUCGUGCUGUUCAGAGAUGCCGGGUGCCAGUUCAGGGCGCUCUACUCGUACUGUCCCGAUACGGAACACGUCACGAAGCUGUACGGCACGGGACCGAAGAAUGUUAAUGAUAGGAUGUUUGAUAAGUUCUUCAAAUACAAUUCGGGCAGCAAGUGCUUCUCGCAAGUGCACACGAAGCACCUGACGGUGACGAUCGACGCGUUCACGAUACACAACUCGCUGUGGCAGGGCAAGAAGGUGCAGCUGCCGAGCAAGAAGGACAUGGCCCUCGUCAUAUAGGCGUUCUAGUCGAUGAGCCGGGGGAUCAGUGAUACUGUGGCGUUGGGUACCGGAGAGGGCGGACUAACUGUUAUUAUAUCUGUGGAAGUGGAAACAAAGUGGCUUUUAUGCUUUUAACAGUGUUUGGAAUAAAGGCAAAAAACGGCACUGUCAAAUCAGGUGACAACCGAAACUCACUCAUUGCAAAUAAAAUAUUUUUAGGUUACAAUCAAAACUCACCCAUUCCAAAAUAAAUAUAUUAUGUUUUAUAUGUACAUACGGCCCGCCUGAUGGUAAGCAGUCACUCUAAAGGUGAGUCUUACCGAACAACAAACUUACAAAAACCAACCUUGUUUUGGCACAGUUUAGGUUUACUAUGGCUUUGAACUUGUGGUAAUUAGUGAGUUUUAGUUGUCACCUGACGAUAUAGAGUAUUAUAGAGAACGACUUUUGUGAGCGUAAUCAUGAUUUCGAAUGGCAUAGAAUGAUGAAGAUAGCCCUACUACUUUUUCCAUGAGAUCAGAAACGUUUCAGCUACUCUGAGCUUUUAAGUUUUUAUGGUAUACCUGAUUACAUUUUUGCUAUUUCUUGGUUGUCAGUCCCUCGGGAAAAGUUGUUCAGGACGAUCUAUCACUUUUGUCAUUUGGGAUCAUGAUCCCGAAUUCACCCAGUAGACUAUAGUGUAUGUACACUUGUGCAGUGGGUACAUUUACCUACCAUUUGCUUUUGUAACGCCCUGCCCUUUACGAUGUCUGUGUUGUUGGUCCCCGCCACGUGCUCGGUCGCGCCUGUGUAUGUACAGAUGUGGAGGACGAAGCUCGAAUCGGAUUAGGUUAUGUCGAUUGGUUACGCGAUGCGAGCUGGUGGUUGACGUGGUUCAGCGCAAGGAAUUGGAUUUGGAGACUUGACACUCGGUUUUUUUGCAUCUGUGGAAGUAUGAAUGCUACAAAAAUGUGCAGUGCAAAGUGUUCUCUUAUGAAAAUAAGUUCGAGAAAAUUAUUUAUAAGAAAAAUCAAGUCAUAAAGAUGUAGUUGAGAAUUAUAGCGAUUGAUUUUAUCAAAUUUACGUAUAGACUUUAUUAGUUUCUUUUAGAAAAUGUUAAUGGAAUAAAUUAAUUUGUACGUCGUCUAAUUCUUAAAUUAGGUCGAGGCGGGACCUCUUGCGAAAAUGUUAUUUUCUAUAAAUAAUUAAAAGUACGGCGCUAAAUCCCAUUCCUUUGGCCCCGUAGCGCACGGAUGCUGAAUCACGUUACACUCAAGUUGAAGCGGCCGUCGCGUCUCUGCAUACAGUUCAUUAAUAUGUACACAUGUUUUAACUUAUUCCAAUGGAAUAAGACGCACAAUUGUAUACAUAUUAGUGAGGGAGACGUGCCGGCGUCGGUGUUGUGUUGAGCAGCGGUGUUCUGUGUAGACGAGACGUUUGCCAUAUGUAUUAGUGAGAUGGUCGAUAUUGUUCCAAUGGUCACAAACCCCGCAGCCAAACUGUCGAUUGUGUAGGUACGAAAUUAAACUGUCCCUUAUCUAGAAUAACAAAUUCACAAACUAAUAUCGCUUAUUUGUUAUAAUAUUGUAACUCGUUAGUAAUUAUUUCAAUUUGACUGGAUUAAGAUUAGAUCAUUAUGUAUUUGUUUAGUGACGUUCGUUCGAUUCCCAUUUUUUUACCGCUUGUAUAGCUAAAGUAAGAGGCGCUUACGGCGUAACGUACUGCCUUACCCUGUAAAUAAUUGUUUUGUAUACAGCUAUUUAUUAAAAGAAUGUUAAACGAAAAUUGAUGAAUAUCAUUCUUUCAUUGUUUAAUGAUUGGUCAUCAAUAAAUAUACUACCGAUAGUAUAUUAUGGUAUGCAAAUAUAUUGUAUUAAUACAAAAACAUAACGAAUAAUAUUGAAUUUCAUAUUA